ACCUGGAGGCAGACGUCAGCAUUCGUAUCAAGCAACGCAGCCUGUCCGGAUAGUAUCCGGAGCUAGCUUCGCAAAAUUUAAGUAAUUCGCCAGUCGCUUUCGGCCAGUCCCGCCCGGAUUAGAUUACACUUCCAGCAGUAUGGCGCACCGCUUGAAAUUGCGCAACGAUGACUUCGAUGUCAUUGGUGCGGUGCCCCGGGAUCUCUCGGUGAUAAAGAAUUUCCUGAAGCGAGACUGCGCCGUGAAGAGACUGAUCGACAUUGAGGAGGAAUUCCUGCAACAGUGCAUCGAACGGGGCGAGGACCCCGUGAGGCGACGCAGCAAAGAGAAAGAGGACGAUAUCGUGAAACGGAGCAGCUUGCAAGGAUCUGCCGUACCGGAGCCAAAGCCGGAUGGGUGUGCAAGUCAAACGCCUGCGGGUGCCACGGCUCCGGAUUACUGCGAUCCCUGCCGCCGGCUCCCAACCUCAGUGGUGCUCGAGGAGCUCACCAAGCCGGCAAUGACAAAUCCGGUGUUCAACAAAGCACUACCGCCGUAUUUCGACGAGGAGAGCGUGAUGGGCAACUCGCUGCCCGUAAAGUUCCGCUUCCGGCGCAAGUUCAACAGUUGCGACCAGGAAAAGUCCGGCAAUCUGAUGUGCACCACCACGCCGAGCACGAACGUAGUGGUUCUCACCAACUGCUGCGACGUGAUGGUCUGGCCAGGUCAGCGGGUCGCCCAGAUGAAUCGUGUGCCGGUAACUAUUGUAACCGGAGAGGCCGAUCUAACCGAAUACAUGCUGGAAGAGGAGACCAUUAUGUGAGGGACUGGCUACCCAAAGGCGUCCUACGAGAAAAAUAAAAAUACUUUGGGGAGCAUCGAAAAUAAAUCUGAUCCCAUGAACCCCAAAAA